AUGUCUGACGAUAAGGAAGCACAGGAGGAUGAGCUACUUGCUUUGGCGAGUAUCUACGAUGAAGAGGAGUUUCACAGAGCUGAAGCUGCUCAAGGAGGAGAGGUCCAGGUUUGCGUGGAGCUGCCACCAGAUUUCAGAGUAGUUACAAAAGGAGACAAGCAAACUGAAUACAAUGUCUGCUUCCUGCCUCCCCUGGUUCUUAACUUUGAGUUUCCAGAAGAUUAUCCGUCCACAUCUUCACCACAGUACACACUCGGUACCAAAUGGAUGACAAGGGCACAGAUGAGCGCCCUCUGCAGGCGUCUGGAUGAACUGUGGGAGGAAAACCAGGGCUGUGUCAUUCUUUUCACAUGGAUUCAAUUUCUUAAAGAGGAGGCGGUGGAUUUCCUCUGCAUCAGUUCACCUCUCGAGAUCCACAGAGCAAAGUACAGCAGUGAACGCAAGAAAUCUGAGCCAGUUUCAGAGAAGCGAGAAGACAAAAGCUACGAAGUAAAGAAACAGGCAGCCUCCUCAGCCUCCCCGCAUGUGGCUGCCUUCGACCCGCGGGCUGUUGCUCUGUCCGACCCGCGUGUGGAGCUCCUUCCCCAGCUUCUGGACCACGAUGAGGCCCAGCGGCAGAGGCUGUUUGACGGGAAAGUGUUCUGCUGCGGGAUCUGCUUCAGCGAGAAAAUGGGCGCGGCUUGCCUGUGCUUCAAAGAGUGCCAGCAUGUCUACUGCAACACCUGCAUGAGCGAGUACUUCCAAAUCCAGAUCAAAGACGGGAAUGUUCAGUGCCUUAACUGUCCCGAACCCAAAUGCUCUUCGGUCGCCACACCACUGCAGGUGAAACAUCUGGUGAGUGAGGAGUUAUUCGCACGUUACGACCGACUGCUGCUUCAGUCCACACUGGACCUAAUGGCUGAUGUGGUUUACUGCCCCCGUAUGUCGUGUGGGACCCCCGUGAUGGUGGAGCCCGAAUCCACCAUGGGCAUCUGCACUGGCUGUCAGUACGCCUUCUGCACACUCUGUAAGAUGGGCUACCACGGGGUCUCCCACUGCAAACUGCCCACAGAGGAGCUUCGGGACCUCAGGGACGAGUACCUGGCGGCCAGUACAGAGGGGAAGAAGUUCAUGGAGCUGAGGUUUGGAAAGAAGGUGAUUCAGAGAGCCGUGGAGGAGUCGUUCAGCCGCGACUGGCUCAAUGAGAACUGCAAGAAUUGUCCUCGCUGUGGCACAAACAUACAGAAAGUGGAUGGCUGUAAUAAGAUGACCUGCACGUCCUGUAAGCAGUACUUCUGUUGGCUCUGUAUGGGAGUGCUGAGUCGAGGAAACCCCUAUAGUCACUUCAACAACCCCCAGUCUCCGUGCUACAACCAAUUAUUUUUUGGCGUGGAUCCAGAUGAAGGUGACGAGUUUUUCAGCGACGACGAGGACUAA